CAUGCAAAGAGUAAACAACAUGAUGGAGAUCGAGGAAGUGAACAACCAUAAGGCACUGCCACUUCUUUCAUUGAAUCACGUCUCGUUGUUGUGUCGAUUGGUUAGCGAUUCCGUUCGGUUCUACGAACAUGUAUUGGGCUUUGUUCCGAUCAAACGUCCUUCUUUCAAGUUCAACGGAGCUUGGUUGUCUAAUUAUGGCAUCGGGAUACACUUGAUCGAGAAUCCAUCGAUCGACGAUCUCGACACUAUCGUUGAACCCCGGCUGAUUAACCCCAAGGAUAAUCACAUAUCCUUCCAGUUUACAGAUGUGGGGCUUGUAAAGAGGAGGCUGGAAGACAUGGGGAUGAAGUAUGUGACGGCAGUGGUGGAAGAUGAAGUGAACAGGGUUGAUCAAGUGUUCUUCCAUGAUCCAGAUGGGUACAUGAUUGAGCUCUGCAACUACGAGAACAUCCCGAUUCUUCCUCUCGCUUCUUGCUCGUUGCUAAGCAGUUUCAACAAGGCUGCCCCGGCUAGUUGCGGAUUCAUGGAAAACGUAAUGAUGGAGAGCUUGAGCAUGGAGAUGCUCAACAUUUCCUUUUGAGUUCAUGUGUGCUGCAAAUGAAGAAAAAAGUGUAUCGAUAUGUUUUUGAGAUUAAGUUGUACUCUUUGUCUAAUACCUUGUAAGCCUAGACGAGGCUUCUCAGAGAU